CUCUCAGGGUGUCCUGAACCUUUGAGUUUCCAACCAAGCCAGCUAGUCAGCGAGGUCUUCAGAGUCAACGUAGACCGACUCAUCACUAGCACCCACACCCAACUACCUACCUACAUUCCCAAGGCCGCCAUGUCUCUCCUCAAGCGCCUCCUCCUCGCGGCCUCCCUGGCCGCCACCGCCACUCUCGCCUCGCCGCUCGCCGGCGGCGUCGUCCGGCAGGUGGCGCGGCAGGGGCUCGAGAAGAGACAGCAGUGCGGGCUUACCGUCUGCGCGGCCGGCUACAAGUGCUGCAACCCGUUGUGCAGCAUGUGCACCAAACCCGGCGUCGUCUGCACCCAGCAAGACUGCGGCCACCUGAGGUCGAGCUACUCGCCGGGCCUGCCCCCGAGGCCGUUUAUCACCACCCCGGCGGCCGCUACCGAGACCGUCACCACCGUCCCGACCUUCCAGACCACCCUGGCGCCGCUGCCCUUCCCCGGCGGCGGCGGCGGCGGCGGCGGUGGCGGCGAGAGUCCCGUAACGUGCGGCAAGAACAAGUGCGGCAAGGGCCAGUACUGCUGCAACUCCAGCUGCGGCAUCUGCGCCCCGGUCGACGGCGCCUGCAUCCAGCUCUUCUGCGCCGCCGGGACGCUGCCUAGCUCCGGCUGA